UCUUCUGCUAAUUUUAUUUCUUGGCCUGUGAACCGGGUUGCUCUUCUUUUCCUCCUCCAAGAUCGCUCCAGUCUUACUGAGCAGUGUUGUGAUUCAGUGAUUGCUUUUGUUGGAACAAGAACUAAAAGAAACAUAAGUGACUCUAUGGCAACUAGACAGUAUAACCGGUUAUGCUUUUAUCGGAAACUUGCAAUCCUGUGGAUGUUCUUUUCUGGUACUGUCUCUUGCAUGCAUGUCUUCUCAUCCUCAAGUGAGGUCGAACCACCGGAUUCCCAGAACUCAGAUGCCAGGAACUAUAUUAUGAAAUCUUAUUUUGACAAAUAUGAGAACCUGCAUGAUUCAAGUUUCGAAGAUUUUAUGGCGCAUGAACUUUCUUCCGGUUUGUGUGAAGUGUUUCCAGAUAACCUGAAUAUUAAUGUGAGGCUAUCAGUUCUAGAGCUCUCUCUUCUUGGUGAAGGUUCUCAUCGUCAUUUGUCUUCAUCUAUCAGAUUGCAGAUUGAGGCAGAGUCCGUUGCUAAACUGCCUGUUCAUUUUUGUGAAGUUAUAAUUAUACAAAGACUACCCCGUGGAGUCUUUGCUGACCCGUUUGAGUUACAACAUCUUCAUGAGCGAAAGGUGUUCACAAAUAUAGCUGUUUUUGGAGACACAGACUUAGAAUUGCCUUCGUUUCGGUCCAAUCGAUCUGUUGUUGAAGUUCACAUGGAUGCCGGAUCCAACAUCUUGUCAGGGUUGAAUAAUGAACUGGAAAUCAAUGUACAGUUUCCACUACAUGCUCGAUAUCCACCCUUAGAUGAAAGCGGCUAUUCGAUUGUUGAAAUUGGUGAACCUGAUGUAUUGAUGAGCUGCAGCAUGGAAGUAAAGCACCAGAAACAGAGCUGUUUGUACAUGUCACCCCACAACAGUGCCAAAUCCAGAACCGGUACCGUAGCAUGGAGAAUACCUUCUGGAAAAAAGGCACAUGCCGGAUUUGUAUCAGUUGUUACCUUCGGUACUGCCUUCUUAUCAACUCUUUCAAUUGUAUUGACAUCUAUAUAUUGUUCAGGCAUCAAGGUGUCCAAAAACUUGAAACAAUCUUAGCCAAUAUCAGGUUUUACAUGAUAAAUUUGUUUUUAUGGGACAGAUUACAUAUCCGUUAAGGAUUUUGACAUCA